AUUGUUACGUUUCAAGCUGCCUGUCAUCAACUCAUGGAGUGAUCAUGGAAAGGGACAGAAUGAGAGGAGCCACAAAUAUAUAAAGGAAACCGUCAGAAUUAUCUCAAACGUUCUGCAUCGUGAUGUUGUUGGAGGAACGAUCCAACGCUCUAAGUCUUCCCUCCAGUACUCCAGUGGCGAGUGUGUAUCCCAAUCUCGUGGGCUCCACGCAGCAUGCAAGAAACAACUUUCGUCCAGCCAAACGAAAGUGGAAGCGAGUUCCAUCAGCUCAAGAGAAUGAGUUUGCACUGAGGAAGAUCUUACAGGAAUAUUGGGGCUAUGACUCUUUCCGAGGACCUCAGCUCGACAUAUGUCUUCAUGUCAUGGGCGGAUGUGAUGUUUUGGUGGUCGCUCCCACUGGACUCGGAAAAUCGAUAUGUUUCCAGGUACCGGCCAUCGCAAUGGAGCACGGGGUAACCCUUGUGGUAUCCCCUCUUAUUGCCUUGAUGGAAGACCAACUUCAAGGGCUGCGGAAGCGAGGGAUCAAGGCCGCCGUACUAUGCGAAAAGACUCCAAAAGACGAGGAGGCAGAGAUCAAACGGCAGCUGACUAUGGGACACCCAGAACUUCGGCUGCUGUAUCUUACACCAGAGUCUCUGUUCAGUAAGCGACACGAAUAUCAUCUUCGGCGAGCAUAUGAACAGAAACAACUGGUUCGUUUGGUGGUAGACGAGGCCCAUGUCUUAGAUGUAAGCCUACCGCCAAUUAGGCCAAUUCCGGACCCUAUUUCCAGAUAUACCAGUCACGGCCCUUACGGCUUCCGCAACGCAAGACGUCCGCGAAAGCAUCAUUUCUACCUUGAAGCUGUCGAAACUCCGUUUGGCUCAGUGGGUGGAACCCUUCAACAGAAAGAACCUGUUUUACGAGCCGACUUCAUCAGCAGUCAUAGAGCAGAAGCCAUGCAGAGAAAUCGGGAAAAAGGUGUCACCCUGCCCUGUGCGUCGGGGUUGGUCUACUGUCGUUCGCGCAUUGCUUGUGAGGAUGUCGUCCGAACACUGGUCAAAAAGGGUAUCACUGCCAGACCAUUUCAUGCGCUCCUCCCGGAGGAUGUGAAGAGACGGACGUUACUGGAUUGGCAAGAAGGAAAGGUUGAGUGCAUAGUAGCCACAAUCGCCUUUGGUAUGGGUAUAGACGCUCCGCAUGUCCGAUAUGUCGUCCACUGGGAUAUGCCCAAGAGUUUCGAGGGCUUUUAUCAGGAGACAGGGCGUGCCGGUAGAGAUGGACAUGCGUCCCGUUGUAUCUUGUACUACUGCAUCGCUCAAGGAACAGCUCGCGAGGAUGCGUACACCUUGCGUGGAUUGAUCGAACGAGAAGCCAAUCUGGCCAAGUCUCGACGAGACGCUGGAGAAGGCGAAGGCUCUGAACGUGAUGCGGACAAGAUACGUCAACUGAACAGCUUCAAGCGGCUGCAGCAGUAUGCCGAGUCCUUUCACACCUGUCGACAUAUAAAUAUCUGCCGAUAUUUCGGCGAGCAGAUGGACGAUAGAGACCCCGAAGUGCGCAAGGCUUAUUGUUCUGGCAUGUGCGAUGUGUGCUCGAAUGCGGCGGUGGUCAUGACGCGUGCUUGUACAGUGUCUGAAGAAGUACCGCUGGCGUCUCAGGUUGUACCACUACCACCACGUCAACGACCUGAGACGAUCGUGGAAGUAGAGCCAGCAUCCGACGACAUGGCGGAUAGUACCUUGGUUCAAAUUCACCGUCUGACCGAGGCUCUCAUCUCGCCGGCUGAAGCGACAUUUCCAGAGGAUGACAGCCGACCUGUACCACCUGUCGGUAUCACUGGUCUGCGAAUUCCAUCGCUUGAUAUCGAGCUAGACACCGGCGGUCCCAGCCCUCCUGCAUCGUCCCGGCUAGUCCAUGGCAAGAAGCGCAAGUCAAAAGACUCUCACUCACUCUUCCUUCAUCAAUCUGAUAGUCCUUCUGGAAGUAUGGUUGACCCAGGCGUCCGAAUAUUCUCGCAUGUCUCGCGGGAGAGCGCUUCUUCCUUUCCAUCCAGCCCAUCCCCAAUCAGUCCCCCUGCCCAGAUUUCGUCCCCUAAGAAAAGUUCCAUCUCCACGUCCGCUUCACCACCACUUCCAGAACAGCCUCAAAAAUCCCCAGUCAAAGCGAAGAACCUCAAGCUCAAAAAUCGACCCAACCCUCCCCCUGAGGCACCCGUCCCACCCUUAUCUGACAUUCAACUCAACCACGCCCAGGCUUAUUCGGAUCAAUGCGAUACCCCUUGUCGUAUACUGACCGGGAAUAUCCACUGUCUACCCAUCGUCGGUCCGGAUGAAGGGACAUAUGCCACUCUUGACACCCCGCCUCCUGAGAAGUCAAAGAAGCAAGCAGAGGAGUUUAGGAAGAUCAAGCCCGUCACGGGAAAGGGAUUGUUUCCUAUGUAUGAUGUGUCUACUCCUAUGACCAGACGAAGAGCCCCGGCUCUACACCCAACCUUCAAAGUCCCAUUCGCUCGACCACCAUCCGUCCAGCGAGUAGGCCCUAUCCUGAUGGAAAAUCGAGACACGACGAGAGAGAGUAUCAAGCAGGCUUUGUUGUUUACUUUCAAGCAGACUUUGCGUGGGAGAGAACUAUGGGAUUUCUGGGAUCGGAAAGAGUCGGGGAAAGAACGACUUAUAGCUCUCGACCGUAUUGCUCGAUUACUAGAAACAGAGUUGGCACAUACCAGCUUGACUGGCACCACUUAUGAUAAAAAUGCUGAAGCUCUCUGUGGGGCAAUACGGAUACUUUCCCAGUCAGAAGUAGCGGAUUCGAUCUUGGGCGGGAAGCUGGGUAAGAGCUUCAAGGGUAGUUCUCAGGUGAAAUGGAUACGGAUGGUCGAGGCUAGAGUGAAAGGGGAGGAGAUAUGAAUUGUUGAGGUGGUCUGUCAUGUAAGUACUCAAGUUGUCAUGCUAUCACUGUUGUCGAU